UAAAUAUUUAGUUAAUUUACUAGAGAAUUGGCUGCCAGUGUUAUCGUUGGUCUGAGAUCCAAAGUACCAAUUGAUCUGGGUGAAGAACUGAACAGCUUGAUAACCUAAAGGGAGGGCUCUGAAGCAGCACACAGUGAUGAUUUGCUCACUGAAAGUGUCAUGUGGCUUAAAGGAAAAGGGUUACAGAGCUCCAGAGUGACUCUACCUCCCUGCUGUGACCUGCCUGAAUGACCCUGCCAUACCUUCCAUAUGGAAUCGUGUCAGCUGGCAGUGCUAGUACUGAGAUUUACUGGCCAGUCUGAUGAGAGGAGAGUCAGGCAACUGAGUGCUAGGGGUUCUGCUGACUGUGCUCAUCUCAGCCAGGGCGGUUCCAUGCCAGUGAUUAAUGCUGAAGACAGCUAGCUGAGCCCAAGAGAGUUGAUCCACAGUUUGGUGUGUGAGACAUAUGCCAACCCUCCAGUUGGGACACUAGCAAGUUGGAUUUAGCCUGCCACUUACCCCCUCAGCGUGACCGGCCCAGGACGUAUGGGCUGCCGCUCUCAUUCCAACAGGCUGGAAGUUGAAUCUCUUUCCACUUUGACAAGGGAGACACUCCUCUGCUGUGCCAUUUCCUUCCUGUUCCUCUCCCACAAAGAGCUGCAAGCCUGAAAAGAGUGGAUCUUUCUAUGUCUCUGAUGACCAGGACAGCAUCCUGCAGCCACUUUUGGUCUGGAGCUGUGGUGACUCCAGAAAGGGCCAUGGCUACUACAGGCAACCCUGGGACACAAAACUAGCAGAGGUUUAACCUCUUUGCUUGCACGGCAUGCCCUCUUGUGCCACGGAUACUACCUCUGUUACUACCCACCAAGUGCCUUGUCUCCUUAACUGGCUUCUGGAACAGGAGUAAUGUCACUAGGGUUCUUGUGGGAGGAACAUGGCCCAGCUGGCUGCGCUAGCAGGAGUCCCGACUAAGGAUGUAGCUACAGAACACUAGCGCAAAAAAGCAGAUCGGGAGGGGCUUUGAUCCAUGCCCCUUGUCCUGCCGAGUGAGCGAUGGGCCGCUUGGAUGACCAUGCCAAGAAGCGGAUAGUGGAGCUGCGCAAAGCCGGGCUGAGCUUCCGCAAAAUCAAGAAAGUCCUAGAGCUGGACAAUAUCCGGGUGACCCCGCAAGCUGUCUACCUGUUCCUCAAGCGUAAGAAUGUGGAGCCGGCACAGCCUCCAGGAGCCUCCCAUUUCCAACCAGCUGGAGGCCGGGGGAGCAGGAGAAUGGCCAUCAGCCGGGCUGGCUGGGAGGAUGAGCAGCUCUGGAACUUGCUGCAGGAAAAUGAGGCUGAUCAGAACAAGCAGGCAGAGCCCAAAGGCAGCAGGCAGUCAGGUCCCAGGACCCCAGCACUCCCCGGAAGAGCCACCGUGAGCUGCAAGGAGCCACACCUCAAUGACAACCAAGACUGCAAGGAUGGCAUCAAAAUAGUCAGCGUGACAUCACUGUGGAAGGAUAGUGGGCAGUUUGGGAAGGUGCCUACAGUGCCCAUGGGCCCAUCUCCAGCAGCACAGCUAUCCCCUAUUAACAGUGACGACUGCUCUGGGACUCUGACCUCAGCUGUGGGUAACCACCCGGCUCUGCUCCCACCAGCCAUGGCGCAGCAGCAGCUGAACACCAGGGGCAGGAUGUUCUUGUCGCCUGCCAGGAAUCCAGCCUUAAUUGUGAAGAAGAAGAUUGUGGACAGGGCCAUCCACCUCCAGAAAAAGGUCAAAGAUGCCAGCACCCAAACAGCCUUGCUUCACUCUGCAUGUUCUUCAGGCAAUCAGAACCCUGUGUUGGGUGGGCAGAUGCUGGCCCCCUCACCCACUUCCCAUGCCAUUGCCGAGAAGCUGGAUGCUGUACACAAACAGGUGCAGAAACUGACACAUGCAAUGCAUGCAGUGCUAGAGAGGCAGUGCCACAUGGAGCGCCAGCAGGAGCAGCAGCAGCAUUUCCAGCAAGAGGUGCUGAUGGCGCUUCAGCAGCUCAGCUCCACCGUGAGCCAUGGGACAAUGCCAGGAAACGAGCCCUGUGUCCCCUUCAGCAGCAUGGCUGAUCCCUCGCCCCCUGUGCCAAACUUCAGCCAGUUCAGGAUGGAGCUAAUCUGAUGAAAGGCUGAUGCCAACAUUCAUGGGCCUGGGCAUAAGAGUGGCCUGGAGCUAGCUCUGGACAAAGUAGCUGGCAUGGGCCACCCUAGCUGAAAUAUAAAGGGAUCUCAAAACAGGCAGCUGCAGCUGAGUGAAGAGAAGCAGGCAUUAGCACUUCAAAAACUGCAGCUCUAAGAGCCUGGCUAAGGUCCUGCUACUGCAAUAACAGAAGACUGGGAGGAGGAAGGCCACCAGUAACACCGAGACUCAGUCUGCUUUGGCCUAGUUAAUCCAGCCCUCCUGCCCCCAGGAAGAGGCAUAUACCAAUGGGAAGCUGAAACAUGCCAAUAGAAAGCCUUAAUUCUAGCCACUGUAUACAGGAAAUUAAAUACUGGUUUAGCCCCCAAGGCCCAGGCCCAAAGGAUAUGGAACUCCAGCAGCUUAGAGAAGCUGUCUACAGCCAAGCACCAUGCUACAUUAGAAGGAAAACAUGGCGGCAGGCAUCAUUCUCUCCUUGGCAGGGCAAGCAUUUAAUAUUUACACAGGGAAGGGAGCUUGAGCAUUAGAAUGUCCAGGAGCUUGGGUUUUGGAUGUUUUGUGCUUCUUCUUUCAGAGUGGUAUAUGGAGAGUAAACUAAUCUCAGUAAAGUCUAUACACCCACUG